AUGAGAGAGGUCAAGAUUCUGAUGCUUCAUGGAUACACCCAAUCCGGACCUCUCUUCCGCGCCAAAACCCGCGCCCUGGAAAAGCUCCUGGCCAAAUCCCUCGCGCCUGCGAAGAUCCAGCCAACACUCUUCUACCCCACAGCGCCGUCCCGCCUCAGCCCCAAGGACAUCCCCGGGUACCAGCCCGGUGAUGGCGGCGGCGCCGACUCGGAGAUGGACGCGUGGGCGUGGUUCCGCAAGGACGAGGCCAGCGGCAACUACCGCCUGCUGAGGGAGGGCUUCGAGAGCCUCGCGCGGUGCAUCAGGGACGAGGCCGGCGGGCACGUGGACGGCGUGGUGGGCUUCAGCCAGGGCGGGGCGGUGGCGGCCAUGCUGGCCUCGGUGCUCGAGCACGUCGGCGAGGGCGGGGCCCAGAGGCAGCCGCCGCCGAGCGACGAGACGUACGACUGGAGCUGGGUGCCGGCGCUGCGCGAGGCCAACGGCGGCAGGGCGCUCCGCUUCGCCGUGGUCUACAGCGGCUUCUUCGCGCCGCCGGCGGCCCUGGCAUGGCUAUACGAGCCCAAGAUCACGACGCCGACGUUGCAGUUCAUCGGCAGUCUGGACACGGUCGUUGAGGAGGGCCGGAGCCGCGGGCUCGAGGCACGGUCUGAGAACCCCGUCAUGGUGGUCCACCCGGGCGGGCACUAUGUCCCCGUGAACAAGCAAUUCGUGAUGCCGCUGGUAGGGUUUGUGAAGCAGUAUUGUGAGGAUGGUGCGGAGGAGAGCUGA